AUGUCCGCCGGAACACUUCUGUCCACUAGGCAAGGUGAAAAGCAAGCUUACAGUGAAGAUUACCAGCAUUGCGAGUCAGAAACGUCUCCUUCAGGAUGGGAGCUCACCGAAGCCCUCAUGCAAAGUCUGGCCCUGAAGGACACUGGGAUAGAGAUCGGGUUCCGUGACCUAGAAUUUCGCCCAGACAAAAAGAAUCCACCAAUUAUCCAAGGCCUGUCGGGGAAUAUUCCAAGAGGUGCUUUUCUUGGGAUUAUGGGACCAUCAGGUGCCGGAAAGACAACCUUGAUGAACAUUUUGGCGGGCAAGACCUGUCAAACAGCCGGGAUUACAACAUUGAACGGAGCCGAGGAGGAUCUUUCUCGGUUCAAGCAGCUCGUCGGCUUUGUUCCCCAAGUCGACGCCGCGUUGGCCGAACUUACUGUCCGCGAGAAUGUGUUACUUUCGGCUCGCAUUCAGCUGGGUGGCGUCAAAGAAGAUGCGUUUAUCAAACAACAUGUGGAAUCAAUUAUGUCCUGCAUGGGGCUCGAGCAUAUUCAGAACAAUAUCGUGGGAGAUCCGACAACAGGCAAGAGGAUUUCGGGUGGGGAGCGCCGGCGGGUGAGUAUCGCCUUGAGACUUGUGGCUAUGCCAUUGGCAUUGCUCUUGGAUGAGCCAACCUCUGGGUUAGAUGCCAGCACGGCAUUGUCGAUUAUGAGGCUCCUUGAGUCGAUUUCCCGAAUGGGCGUGACGGUGGUAUGUGUCAUUCACCAGCCGCGGGCCGAGAUAUUCAAAUUGUUUCACCAUCUUCUGCUUUUGGACCACACAAACCAAGUUUACAUGGGGAAUGCGGAUGAUAUGAAAGCUCAUUUUGAAGCCCGAGGUUACAAUAUCUCAGAUCGCGUCAAUCCAGCCGAUGCGAUUAUGGAUAUCCUGUCUUCGGAUACGGAACUCUUGCCUUUCACUGAAGACAUCCAAGGCAUGGAUCCUGUUGAGACUUGCUGCUCCCACGCCAGGACAGAAACCCUCAAUGCCCUAUCCGAGAUGGUUGCUUCGCGAAAGGCUCGCUGGUAUCGACAAUGCUCGCUGCAUCUUGUUCGUGGGUUGAGACAACAAAUUCGGCAAACCACCACCUCGGUAGUUGGUUUAAUUGUGGGCGCAAUCUCAGGACUCGUCAUGGGGCUUGCUGUAUACAAAUUUGACGGCAACCUAUUCCAUGGCAUUUUCAGACAUCCUUUUGAGCCCCUGUCCAGUGCAGUGGAAUAUACACUCGUUCCACAACUGGCUCUUCUUUCUUGUCUUGCCAUCAGCCUUGCCGCUGCUCCCGCGGGGGUGGAGACAUUUGGAGGAGAAAAAAACAACUUCUAUCGAGAAGUCGAUGCCGGGGAUUCUCGCAGCGCAUAUUUUGUGGGCAAAGAGCUGUCGACCAUCCCGCGUAUCGUUCUGUCCGCGCUGCACUUCACCACUUUCUACAUCAUCCUGGCUACGCCUGCAAUUUCCUUUGGGAUGCUGCUUGUGCUAAAUAUGUUAUUCUUUUACUGCGUCUACGGUCUUUCCUCGGCUGUCGCCGCCUUGGUACAGCGCGAAAACGCAUUGUUCCUCUCACUCUUGCUGUGCCUCAUCGUGGGGAUUUGCAAUGGCUACGGUCCUCUUCUAUCUUCUAUCAAGUCCUGGAAUGUUGAAUGGUUCUGGUAUCUUUGUCCUGGGACCUGGUUUGCAGAGGCCUAUUUCACGGAGCACGUCGAGCGUUUUGCAUAUUUGUACGAUACUGAAUCCGCCGCGAAGUUUACCGGCUACGUCGCGGGCAGAACAGGAUUUGAUGGAGGGUGA